GGAAGCUUCUCUCAUGGCGCUCAUGGCAACCAACAACGAAGAAGAAGAACAACAGCAACGCCAAACCCUAAUCGCUCCCAUCCCUCAAUCUCUCAUCUUUGGAUUAGGGUUAGGGUUUCUAUGCCUCUCCCGAUCCCAAUCCCUCUCCACUGGCAUCAAACUCGCCGAUGGCGCUUUCAAGGCAUCCAAAGUUAUCCCCAAAUUCCAACUCCAAUCUCCAACAUCGCCUCAUUCCAUCCUCACUGCCUCCAAAGCCAUAAUCAAGGCCUACAAGCUCUCAUCCUGCCUCAAGCCAACCCAUUCCAGCCCUAGAAUCACGCUGCCUAUCUCUUCCAAGUGGAUCAAAGCCUAUCUUGGUGCCGCCAAUCUUAUCCGAUACGCCCGGCAUGGGUUCAUGGGGCUAGGGUUUCUGAAUGGAGGGUACAAGAUUUCGAAGAAUUUGGUCAAGGUUCUUGAAGGAUUUGGGGCUUUGGAGCUGGAUGCUGUGACGAGGAAUGGAUUGAAAUCGUUAGGGUUGGGGGUUAAGACUGCGAUCGUCUUGGGAGAGAUUGAGCUGCUAGUUUCGAUCAGGCAGUGGAGGAGAAGCCGGUGUCGGUUUGUGAGGGACAAAGGAUUGAGGUUAUUUUUGCUUGAUGGGGUUGAGACUGCAUGUGUUUUGAUCACAUUACAAUCUGAAGUUUGUCCUGUUCUUGGAUGAAACUGAAGCAUACUGCAAUAUAUUUGCUGUGUUUUUCAAAGAUAUGGUAAAUUAGUGUGCAUUGUAAUCAUUUCUUACAUAACUUUGAAAAGUGGCAAAAAAGUAUGAUUUUCAAAGCUACUGCUUGUGCAGGACCUUGUUAAGUUAUCUAUGCCCCAGUUUACACUUCCAAAGAAACAAAUAUUAAAAACACAAUAGCAUAGGAUGAAAGUUGUUUUUAUCAUCUAAACUCACCUUAUCCUUCAUAUAUAAACUAUAACAAGCUUCCAAUUUAUCUAAUCAAGUAAUUUUUUUUUUUUUAAUUUUACCUAUGUU